CUCUCUGUCUCUAUGUUUCUCUCUCUCGUUGUUCUGUGCCCUUUUUCCAUGCCCACAUAGCAAAUACUGAGUGCGUAUCUCCUAUCCAUCAGUGAGACCAAUCUGGACUCUUCAGCACUACUGUGAAAGGAGAACCGUGGGAAUUGGGGAAAUCUUUCCUGCAGCUGUUGGAGCUGAAUCGGCGUGAAGGACACGUCUAGCACUGCAUACAGAACAUGGCCAAUGCUCUGGAGAAGGUGGUGGCCCAGAAGAAAGAGGUCAUCGAGAAUGUGAUGGAGAUGUUCGAGAAGGGGGCAGAGGUGUUGGCCAGCGCUGUGGGAGAACUCUUUCCUCUCUGUGAGGUUGCUGCACCCGUCUUGCGACUAGCCCUAAACAAUGUCCAGAGCAAAGAGGUCUACUAUGUCAAAGAGCAGUUCUUGACAGUAAAGAACAAGCUGGACCUUGUGUCUUCCCAACUCGAAGACAUCGACUGUGAGAUAAAGAAGGGGCAAGUAGACAUUCGGUACUUCGCUGUUGAGGAGAACAUAAGGAAUCAGUUCCGGAAGUACAUGAAUGUUUUAGAGGCCAAGCCACAGUUUCAAGACGUGAAAAUUAAACUGUUUCAGGAGCACUUUGCAAAGACGGGGGGAGACAAAAAUAUUUUUGUCCUGUAUGACGCUGUAAUGGGGACAAACAACUUUGGGGAGUCCAUCUUGGAGGUUGUAGAAAGGUGUGAAGCAAAGAACCGACGCCUUUUGGAGGAUUAUUGUGUGCGGAUGAAAGAGCUCUUCUGCCUCGGUCUUAUUGCCCUGCUGGGCCACUGUGCCCUAAACCAAGACACUGAUGAGGAACAGGAACAAAUCCAAGUCUGGAGUGCAAAAAUAGAAGAAGUGGAGUCCAGGAUGAAGGCCACCAUUCAGGCCUGCGUAGCAUCUUUUGCGGAUCAAGCCCAUCAAGAUGUUAAACGUCUGCUUCAAGAGAAGGGAGACCAUAAUCUCCAAGAUACAGCCCAGGAACUACUGCAAUUCCUGGCCAAGAAGUAUGACUGGGUGAGAUGGUCCGUCCGAGUGGUGAAGCACUCAGGAAGCAACUACCGAAACUGGCGUGCAGGAGAGCACUUCCAGCAUGUGACUGGUCAGAGCUACUUUGAGGUUCCACAGGUGAAUGACACUGACCUAGUUGUUUCGUACAGCUCCAGACCUCAGCCCGUGCCCUGCGAUAGCAUUCAGCAGCUGCUUGAAGGCCUAGGGAAGAAGGGCAAUGCUCAGUUUGUGGUAGAGGUCCUGAAGGAGCAGUUGGAUGGCUUUGUGGUGCACGCCGUUAGUCGCCAUAAGGAGUGUGCGGCAGCGUGGAACUUUCCAGAAGACUGCCACUACUGGAAGAGGCACAAAAAUGUGGCACUGUGUGUGCACUCUGGGCUGACCUACAUAAUGAUGAAAGAGGCCAUGGACGCUGCUUUUUCAACCAUAAAGUAGAACUUGGAACUUGGCAAACAACAUAGUGCUUUGUAUUCUAACGCAAACCCUUGCCAUUGAACCAAAAACAAGUCAUUUGCAAACUUAUGAACAUAAAAAAUGUACAGCUUUACUGAAAAGUGAUGUGAAGCCAUCAGAGCAGAUUCAUAGUAAUACAGCUAUAUUCAGACAGUGAAUGUAAAAUCAUGAAAUAUUAAAACCACAAUAUUUGACACUUGCACGUUACGCAACAAUUAACAACCACCUUGUGUGUUAUUGGAUGGUUUAACCAAUUUAAUGAUGUGUUCCUGCGGCGU